UGUAAAUAUUCUCACACGUGUUCUGUGUUUUAUACAAUUUUUUUCUUUUAAAUUCAUCAAUUUUAAUAAAAUAAUUUUAAUUUAUUGUUGUAUUUUGUGCUUCCAAAAACUAUAAAAGCGUGAGCAAAUGUCUUCAUGUCAAUUACUUACCCAUCGAAUUCGAUUUUUCUAUUAUGAACCAACAUCGAUAAAUUGUAUUGAUUUUAAUGAAAAAUUGGGUAAACUUGCAUUGCUUAGGCGUUCGGUACGUAAACAUAAUCCGACAAAAAAUGACAUGCCAAGUAUUAUUGAAAUAUGGAAUAUUAAACAAAAAGCCUGGUAUCUUGAACAAACAAUACAUGAAGAUCCUGAUCAAUCAAAUCUAUUGGAAGCAAUUGCAUGGUCAAAAUCUGGACGUCUUUUUUCCUGUGGAUUAAAUUCCUAUCUAAAUGAAUAUGAUUUAUCAAAUGGUAGAAUUGCAAGAUCUUAUUGUGUUAAUUCUGAUCCAGCAUGGUGUAUGACAAUCGAUUCCGAUAACGAAUUGAUUGCUGUUGGAACUGAAAAAGGUUUCAUCACUAUAUUCAAAAUGUUUGAUGAUUGUUUACAAUUUGAAAAAAGUGUACCAAAAAAUGAUAAUCGUAUUCUUUGUUUACAAUGGCAUCAUCAAGAUAUGGAUUCAACGAAUCUAUUAUUAAUUGCUGGUAGUAUUGAUUUUGUUAAAAUCUAUAGCUAUCGACAAGGAAAAUGUAUUGAUUUUAUUCGUAUCGGUAACAAUCGAAUUGUUUGUUGGUGUUUAAAAGUACUUAAAGAUUUUACCAUUAUUACUGGUGAUUCUAAUGGUACUGUAUCAUUUUGGAAUGGCAAAACAGUUACAUUGAUUCAAUCAUAUAAUUCACAUCGUGCAGAUGUUUUAACAUUAUGUAAUUCGGAUGAUGAAGAUAUUGUUUUUGCGGCCGGUGUUGAUCCAACUAUUGUUCAAUUUAAUCGUUGUCAUGGUCCACAAAUAACUACAUGGGUUUGUUCACAUAAACGACGACCACAUAAUCAUGAUAUACGUUCAAUGUUAAUCAAUCGAAAUCUAUUGAUUAGCGGUGGUAUCGAUAGUUUUCUAUCACAGAUUUCUAUCAAUUCAAAUACUUAUAUAAGUUACCUGACAAAUCUUUAUCAAAAAUGUUCAUUCACAACAAAUGAACAAAAUUCAUUCAUUGGAUUAAUGUAUGAUAAAUUUGUUCAAAUAUGGCGCCUGGGUGAUGCUGAAACCAUUGACGAAUUCGAUUCAUCAUCAUCAUCAUCGCCGUGGUCGAUGGUUACACGUCUUAAACUUUCGGAAAAAGCAACAAAAUUAUUGGAUAUAAAAUCUCGUAAACCAAUCAUUGCAUUCGAUAUGAAUUCUGAAUGGAUAAUCUAUGCUAAUUAUCAAACAUUUAAAGCUAUAAAAUGGACAGAAGAUAAAAUUAAAAGAAUCAAAAUACUUCAUGAUCCAAUUUCAAAUAUAUCGAAUAUUCGAUUAAUAAAUGAUGAUUAUGUUGUCAUAAGCUAUGGUCAUAAUUUCGAUAUAUUUAAAUUGGAUAGAUUCGGUAUUGUUUUGGAAUAUUCCGGCAUUUCUUAUCAACAAAAAAGAAUUGUUAGAAUUUUAUCAACCGAAAAUCGAAUGAUUAUAUUGACUGAUGAUAAUAAUAUUACUGUUUAUGAUUUGAAUCAUUCAACAUAUGAUUCACUUUAUACAAUAACAAAUUUUGCUCAUCAACGACCAUGUUCAUUGGCAAUCAAUAAUCGAACAAAAACAUUAUGGUUAUCAUUUCCAAAUUCAAUGUUAAUCGAAUAUGAUUUAAAUAAUCAACGACAAUGUCGAACAUUAAUGUUAAAUAAAUUCAAAUCAAAUGAAAAUGAAGAAAGCCGUAGCUAUAAUGAACAUUGGACAAUCAAACAGAUUGCAUUUACAAAAAAUAAUAAUUCAUUAUUGUUGGCCAAUGAUAAUAAUAUCUAUAUGGUUAAUAUAAAAAAACAACAAAUGAUUAAAUGUGAUAAAUAUCAUCAUAUUAUUGCAAUGGCAAAUAUUCAACAUCAAAAACAACAAAAAUGUCAAAAUAGUAAUGAUAAUAAUGAUGAAGAUGUUGAUGAUGGUGAUUGUGAAUCGAAAAACAUUCAUAAUAAUGAUAAUAAUGAUGAUCUUGUCAUUGUAGAGAUUACAAAUCAGAUGAUAAUGGCUUCAUUACCACCAUCGUUAUUAACGAAAACAUAUGGUGUAUCAUAGAG